CAAAUAGCUACAUCAACCAUCAUUCGUCUUUCUAUUCCACCAGAAGCUCUGUUUCGCUUUGAUAUCUGCCUAAUCACCAAAACUUUGACGUCGAAUUUUUCCGCAACACCGUAUAUACUUGCAAUCUAGCUGCAUACGCAACGUGCCUCUUCCUGGAGCCCCGCAGGAGCCCAACUCCCACCUUAUCUCAUUCACCCGCAUUGGCGAGUCUCGCUCAGCAUGACAGAGAUCUUAGCACAAACGCCUCCUAUUCUACACGGCCCUUCGGAUAAGGAAAGGAAGUAUGAUCGUCAGCUCAGAUUAUGGGCUGCUUCGGGCCAGGCUGCCUUGGAAGCCGCAAAUAUCCUCUUAAUUAACUCGGGGCCUGGCACGGCUGGUAUCGAGACUCUGAAGAACCUCGUCCUGCCCGGCAUUGGAAAAUUUACUAUUGCCGACAAUGCCCUCGUUCAAGAGGUAGACCUUGGCGUCAACUUCUUCUUGGACGAAUCCUCACUCGGCAAAUCGAGGGCGCAGUGCUGUACUGAGCUACUGCUCGAGCUUAAUCCAGAAGUUGAUGGAUCUUGGAACUCCACAGUGACAGAUACCGCCAGCCUCCAAAAACUACUUGACGUACCAGAGAUUUUCACCAUGAUCAUGUAUAGCCUUCCUUUACAGCCAGAAAUGAUUCAGGCAAUUGAGACAUACGGUCGCCAGCAUGGGACUCCUCUUGUUGCUAUCCACUCCGUUGGAUUCUACUCCUACUUUCGAAUUGCACUACCGGGCACAUUUCCCAUUGUUGAUACUCACCCGGACGAAACUGCUACGACGGAUUUGAGGCUCCUCUCCCCUUGGCCAGAACUCUCUAAGUUUGCCAGUGAAAUGACCAAAGACAUUGAAAAUCUAGACCACCACGAGCAUGGCCAUAUUCCCAUGGUUGUAAUUUUGCUUUACUACCUCAACAUCUGGAAGGAAGAGCACAACGGCGCCUAUCCAACAGCUUAUAGUGAAAAGACAGCAUUUCGGGAGCUGGUAUCUAAAGCCAUGAGACGGGAUAAUCCCGAAGGAGGUGAAGAAAACUUUGAGGAAGCUGUUGCUGCCGUUAUGAAGCACGUCGUUGCCCCGUCAGUCCCUUCAUCGCUAAAACAGGUUUUUGAGUACGAGCACAAUGAUGAACAGCAGUCUAAAUCUAGCUUCUGGAUCAUUGCUGAGGCCUUGAAACAAUUUUAUGCCGAACACCAACGCCUACCUGUGGCUGGUGGCUUGCCUGAUAUGAAGGCACAGUCCAAUGUUUACAUCCGGCUGCAGAAUAUUUACAAGGAAAAAGCUCGCCAAGACGCAAACGACGUUUUUUCUAGAGCUCAACAGAUAUCAGGAGGUGAAAAUAUUGACCGAGCAGAGGUAGAGCUGUUCUGCACGAAUGCUCGGUUCAUCAAGCUGAUUAAUACUACGGGAGAGGAGCCCCCAAGCAUGGGACAGAUCAUAGAGCGAGAACUUGGCAACGACGAGAUCUCUGCUAUCGCCGGACCAGAAAUGCCAAUGUCACUAAUCUCCAUCUACCUUGCCUUGAGCGUCUUGUCAUCUACGUCGGUCGCCUCAGCUGAUGAUAUUAUUGCUGCAGUUUGUGAAAAGGCCCCUACUCUCAAUAACAAUGAGCGCCUAGCUCAGGUAGCCCAGGAGUUGUCGCGAGCGGCUGGCGGAGAGCUGCACAACAUUUCCGCCGUUAUUGGAGGCAUGGUGGCGCAGGAGAUUAUUAAAAUCAUCACAAAACAAUACAUUCCGAUAGACAACACUUGCAUAUUUGACGGAAUCGAGAGCCGAUGCCAGGUAUUGCGUUUAUAAUGUUCAUAUCGACCCUAGAUUUAAAAACGCAAGGCGCAGCUGAUAUACAGGGCUGGUGACAAACUAGUCGAGAUGGAGAGCAUACACAUGGUUAUCAGCAGCAAAUCAUGGCCAGCUUCAGGAAUGAGAAAUCAUGUUACUUGGAGAAAUUCUAAGGGCUAAAAGAUGUUGGUUGAUAAACUACCUAGUCAUAUAUUGUGUGGUGGCAAGAUAGCGAUGGCCGUACCCUUGCUUCGAUAGGAUCGUAGGGGUAGGAUAUCUUCUCAAAAAUGAGGCGUAGAAUAAAAUCCGCCAGCGUCAUAAGAUCUCAUCAUAGCAAGC